CUCCCAAACUCGAGCAGUUCUCCCUGGAGGAAGCCUCCACUGAGUGCGCGCGUCUUUCCCUUAAAUAAACACGCAGCCUAAGUCUAUUAGGACAGGAUUUGAAUUAAACAAGCGAUGUAGCGCGGAUUAAGGGAUCUUAUCCCAGUCGACGCCAUGGGGAACGCGUGAGAUUUUGGUGCGUAUGUCCAAAAGACCCGAGUAUGGCGUCGGCGCAAGGGCUCCUCCACAGCGUCUUCUCCUGCUCGUCCCCGGCUUCCAGGAGCAUUACCAAGCGGCGGCUGCGCCAAACCCGCAGUUUAGACCCGGCUAUAAUCCGCAGCUGCGACGCCGACUCUGAUUUACCGCGAGACGAGCUGUCAGAGAGAAGGAGCGACGAGUCGGUCGCGUCCCAAAUCGACACGCAGCCGCACUCCAAGCUCACGACGGCGACGCUCAGACGGACGCACCAGCUGCUGUCGCCGUCCCUCUCCACUCCCGCAACACCUCUCGACACGUCGCCGUCUUCACACUUUCACUUCGAUUAUGACUUUAAAAGCGGGAAGAGGAACACGGCUUGGGAUUUGCCCUUCCUCGCCAAUUCGGGGGGCACUUCGGGCACCAUCUUCUCCCCUAGAAAGUGGCUUCAGAGGAAAGCGCAGCAUUCAGCUGCUCACGAGUACGUCGUCUGGAGGUCGGAGGGUGAUUUCACUUGGAAUAGCUUGUCCGGGAGGAGUGUGCGUCUUAAACCGGUGUCCAUUCAGAGCCUGUCGGAGCUGGAGAGAGCCAGACUACAGGAGGUCGCCUACAACCGUCUCCACCAGGACUAUGACCUGGGCUGCCAGAUCACCAUCCCUAAAGAUUGCCAGAAGAGGAAGAAGUCACUACGGAGGAAGCUGGACUCCUUAGCCAAGGAAAAGAACAAAGACAAAGAAAACGCCCCACAGGCGUUUGGCAUCUCCUUAUCACAGGUGAUCACCAACGACCGAACCCAGCGUCAGCGUCAAGAGGGUCAGAGGGAGGAGCAGAGAGACCCGAGUGACCUGGUGUCCUCCAUCCUGCAGUUUGCUACCCGCCGACCCACUAAGGAGCUUUCCAGCAGCAACUCAUCGCUCAGCUCCACCUCAGAGACGGCCAACGAGUCAACGUCAUCCAACACGCCCGAAGCCGCACCCCGUGCUCGCAGGAGGGGUGGCAUGUCUGUGGACUCCAUCACGGAUUUGGAUGACAAUCAGUCACGUCUGCUGGAGGCGCUGCAGCUCUCGCUGCCGGCUGAGACAGCCAGCAAGAAGGAGAAGCAGCAGGACAAGAGGCUGAGUCUAAACCCCAUCUACAGGCAGGUGCCACGUGUGCUGGACAGCUGCUGCCAGCACCUUGAGAAGUAUGGUCUACAGACGGUGGGGAUAUUUAGAGUGGGCAGCUCAAAGAAAAGAGUGAGGCAGUUACGGGAGGAGUUUGACCGUGGUGUGGACGUGCAGCUGGAUGAGGAACACAGUGUCCAUGACGUGGCCGCGCUUCUGAAGGAAUUCCUCCGGGACAUGGCUGACCCGCUGCUCACCAAAGAGCUCUACACUGCCUUCAUUAACACCACAUUGCUGGACCCAGAAGACCAGCAGUUAGUCACACAGCUGCUUGUGUACCUGCUGCCGCCUUGUAACAGCGACACCCUGCAGCGGCUGCUGGAGUUUCUGCACAUCGUGGCUCAGCACGCUCAAAACGGAUACGACAAAGAUGGACAGGAGGUUACAGGAAACAAGAUGACGUCAAUCAACUUGGCCACCAUCUUUGGGCCAAACCUGCUGCACAAACAGAAAAGUUCAGAUAAAGAGUUCAGCGUUCAGAGCUCAGCGCGGGCCGAGGAGUCCACGACCGUCAUCGCUGUGGUACAGAGGAUGAUCGCAAGCUAUGAGGAACUUUUCAUGGUCUCUGCAGACUUGCAGAACGAGGUGCUGAUGAACUUGCUGGAGACAGAUCCUGACGUGGUGGACUACCUCUUACGACGCAAGGCAUCACAAAGUGUUGAGUUGUUAAAUUCGGAGGCAUCCCUCUCCCUGAGCGAGUGCCGAUCGUCCAGCGACUCCAACAAAGCGUCCAGUGGCGAAGUCUCUCCCUACGACAACAACUCGCCUGUGCUGUCUGAGAGGAGAGGGGGAGACCUGGCCAAAGAGGGUGAAGUCCAUUGUGGACGAGUCCUCAGCACAGAGCAGCUCUUCUGCGUCCCAGAACAGUACAGCCUGGUGGGACAGGUGACCGGACGCAGCAGGGACACUGUGUCGAAUAUCUGGUCCCCAACAAAGGAAGAUCAUGCUAACAUCUGGGGUGCGUGGCACACGACGCUGAAGCCAGGAUUGCAAGAACAUCCCUAUACAGGCUCUUGUGGCAACAUAUCAGAAGGAAGCUCUCGCAGCUCCAGGGACGGAACCGACGAUCGGACACCGCCCACUGUAAGCAGAGCGGAUUUCCCACAAGGCACCGCAGGGCCUCACACAGGCCUCAACCUGAACCUGAAACCCAAUGGCCAAUUACAAUCCAGCAGCUCAGAGGACCUCCCUGUCUGCAGCACCCUCAGCACGCCAAGCCCCACCCUUUACCCCAAACCCACCAAUAGGAAUGAAGCACGUCCUCCACCUUACAGACAUUCCAGAUUAACACCCUCAGUAGUUUCGUCUAAUUCAAUCCCGUCGCAGUCUCAGCAGCACCCCCAGCAGCUCGGGAAGACUGGCAACCACAACUCAUCCUCAUCGACAGGCACACGCAUGCCCACCAGCUCAGAGUGGCAAGACUGGCAGAGGGACAGGUGGCACAUCUGGCAGCUGCUGUCUUCAGACAACGCUGACACGCUACCUGAGACACUGGUAUGAUUAAAGAAAUUCAGCAUGUUAAUAUACAGAAACCACUGCCUUAUGCGUGUUAUGUACAGACUUGAACAGGUUUUGAUGCUCUGCUCCUCGUUCUUCUCUGACGGCAAUCAAGCGGUGGAGGCAAUUUGCACUGCGGAAGCCAAUCGAGGUGCAAGGAGGAUUCCAGGCUCACUAAACUGAAACCACAGCUCACUAAACUGACAGUGCACCUGGUGUCAUAUCUGUUCUAUCCCAAAAAAAAAUAAAGAUGGCCUUGCUCAUGUUUGCUUGCUAGUUCCGCUUGGAAACUCACUUGCGCAACAUUACUGCCUCUACACCAGGUACCUAAAAUUCUCAAACGAACCCAAACAAAAGAUAAUGUAAGAUCAUUGACAUUUUUUUUUUUAUGGACAAAUACAAUAUUCUCCAACUAUUACAUAACUGCUGUGUAUGUCUGCUUACAGUCACCUACUUUAAAAAAAACAAAAAAAAAACAAAAAAAAAAAGUUAAAUGUUUGCACUGAAUCAUAUGACAUGGGGUCAUUUACCUUUACAGGCUCAACUCCUUUUUGUGUAUAUACAAAAAUAAGAAUAUUGCCAAAAAAAGCUGCUAAAUCAAAUGUAUACAAAAUGAUUUGUUCUUACCUCCAGCACACUAAAGGAUACCAGGACAGUGAGAUGCCAUUUUGUAUUAAUUAAGGAUGUGUAUGCCUUUUGAUAGAAUAACGCAUGAGUCGAAUUGUAUAGCAUUUCAUAACGGCCGUUAACAUUUUUGGAGCCGCGAGUUCCUCUCUGGCCCAAAUGCUAACAUAUACAGUAUGUCAAAUUAGUGCGGUUAUGAGAAAGUCACUUCUCCUGUAGAGCAGCAGGGUUUAUCGAGCUGUGUUUUCCUAUAAUGCACUGCAAGAGUACCGUGGAUAUAAUGGCAGGUUUACGAACAUCUGCUUGUAAUGAAUAUGUAAUAAAAUACAUUUAUAUUUUAUAUUUUGAAUUGAAGUUAGCUAAAACCCCUCAACACUUUAUCCAUCCAUUUAUCCUCUGCCAAGCUUAACAGUACGUGCUGUGUUGACUUACGUUGAUCAUUAAUUACCAGAUUACCACACAGGCAGUUAGCUAUCUGUAAUAACUUUGUCUUCUCCAUGUACACUGCCCCAACCUACAGUAUACUGUCUAAAAGAGAUUCUCUUCUAAAAGAAAAUCAAACGCUAGUGCUUUUUGGUGUUCACCUUUUAUUUCCACAGCACUUAGAGGAAUAUUAGUUCUCUAGACGAACUUGUCCUAAAAUGUCCUAAAAAAAAGAGAACAUGCUUAUAUGGAAUAGAUUGUGCCUUUAAUCUGAGAGCAGAAAUACAUUUAGCAAAUUCAGACUACAAAAGAAUUUUUUUGCUCGAUUCCAGUUACAUCCUUUGGUUCAGAAGGAACAAAAGCUGAAGCCAGUUUAGAUUUGGCAUCUCUUGCACUUUUCCUCUUUUUAUUCUACUCUUGGUUUAAUUAAAUGGUUACAGAAUGGUGUGAUGUUUCAUAAUCUGGGUAAAGAAAAAAAAAAGAUACUAGCAAAAUGAUGUCUGAAAAAUAAACGACAAACCUUGAAAUGAUUAAAUUGUACAAAAACUUAAAUAACUGUCUAAAAAUAUUGACUAAAAAACUUUCAUAAGAAUUUACUAAAAUAUCACUAAAAUAUCAGGUCAGUUGUUUGUGUUGAUGGACAAAAUCAAACUGACUGAAUCUAAUCAGAAUUCCUAUGAAUCCUAUGACACUGUUUUCAAUUCAUUUCACACACAUACUGUAUUUCAGGAUGAAAACCUGAGCUUUAAAUUCCCCACUCUUUCCUUAUAAUUAUUUUAAUAUUUCUACGUGUGUACAGUCUUUUAUCAGUCAACAUUAAAGCAAAUUGUCCCUUAUUUUAUAUUGUGAGCAAGUGCAGUAUCAUCAGUGCUUGGUAGAAUCAAUGAGAAUUAUUUAUUUGCAUCAAUCCAUUUGCACACCCUAUACCAUGACACCCUAUACCAUACACACACACACACACACACACACAAGCAUUGUCUUCAAUCAGCAGGUAAAGCUAAACAGAGCAUACUAAUAUCCCUAUACUGCAAUGUUUACUUUAUUAAAUUGACCUUUUAUUCCCACUUUUGUUUUAAAUUACCAGUGACAUUUCUGUUUCAAACAUUUAAUCCAGUUACUUACAGCUCAACACAACUCCCCUUCGAUGUUAAACAUCAGUCGUAUUACCUUGAAUGCAUUUUCCAUUCAGUCUUAUGAUUGGUAACUUGUCAUAUAUGAUCAUAGAAUUUCUUAUCAGAUUUAUUCACACUCAGCUUUGAGUUGAGCACAAUGAUAUUCCAAACUCAGACGCCAAACUCCAGAGUUCAGAGAAUUGCAUAGGAUUUGCUUAAAACACAUUGUACUUUGAAUUAUGUGAACUUAUUUCUUCUCUUUAACUAAAGGUCAAUUUUAUGAAUUUAAGUAGUUCAUUGUCUUGACUAGUUGUGAGUUGAAACAAAGCUUAUCUUCAAAGUUUAGUUUACUCAUGUGUUUAUGGCAGCAGGUGAUUUUUCCUCUCUACGUUUAACCAUGAAAUGUCUUACAGUGUAUGUGUACGUAAUUUUAAUCAGCAGCAAAUUUAAUGAAUCCGGAAAAUCGCCUUAAGCAGCUUCAUAUCCUGACUACAGGUUAUUUUAACAAUAUAGAUAGAUAGUGCCAGGAGUGUACCUUGUUAAAAUCUAGAUCUAACCUAUGAACUGCUCGUAUGAACUGAUUAUAGUCCUAUCACACACCUCUCGGUCAGAUUUCAUCAUUUUUCUUUCCAUUUAAUAACUUUCACAGCAAAUUAAAUCGUAAAAAUUCUACUCAAUCUUUCAUUUUUGUUGUGCUGCACAAAUUAACCAACAAAUCCUGCAUUCUAAGUUUCUAAUUACAUAUAUUCUAAUACAUUUGUUGGAAAUAGCAGUAGCUGUUCAAGCGAAAAGGCUCCAAAGGUCCUAAAAAGUGCUUUGAAUAUUGAUUUCACACCAGGUUCUUCAGCCAUAAUGAAAAUUCUGUCCGGAGUUUAGUCACCGCACUUUGCCUUCCCGCUGCAGAGCUUUCAUGUUAAUUUGAUUUCUGAGCUUUACUAUUAGUUUUUUUUAUUAUGGGAAAACUCUUAAUUUGCAUUUAUAAUUUGGUAAGUAAUUAUGUCAUGAUGUUGUAAUCCAUGACCCAAAUAUAAUGUAUAAAUAUGUUAUAAAUUCAAUAUUAGGAUUGUAAUAAGGAAUCGUUUGUACUUCAUGCCGAAAAUGCUUUUUGUAUGUUCUGACAUUUGCUGUGAAGCUUGCUUUGGAAUUUUAUGUACUUUUUUUAAAAUUUGUUUUUUUAUUUUUGUUUAUUUGUUUUCCCAGCAAGUCUCAAAGAAUAAAUGAGAGCAAGUUUUAA